AUGAAGAAGUUCGAAUUUGUCGACAACACCACCAUUGAUAGGGCCGCGAGACGUCGGAUCCGUAGCCAUGUUGCCACUGGCCGGAACGCCGGGAAGAAGCUCUCGAGGCCAUCGAGGAAGAAGAUGUUGACGAGCGGGCCACGGAGAGCGCGGAAUCCGGAGACAACAGCCACAACAGCCACGCUUGUUCAGACACGCCUGGCUAACAGCGUCUCGCGACUCUCGCCCCCACCCGUGGAAUCUCCGUGUUCGGCAAUGAGCACACUUCCAGCCUACUUGCGCCAACACUGCGACUCCAGAUGGCUUGCCCAUUUCCAAGGAGUCGUCUCCUUGCUGGGCAAGAUUCGACAUGCUCCCGAACUGGAUGUUGCCCUCGAUUACGGCUCUGAGCCUCAGUUAAAAUUUGUGCAGCCGUUAUUCUUUGAUGAAGCUUACUUCCACGGAGCCAUGGCUGUAUUUCUGUCCGCGGGCCACCGGUCUUCACCCCUUCCGUACACGUCCAGUAUCAUCAGUACCCCCCAAGAAGUCUGGAGCGCCCGAACGCGUCACCUCUGUCUAGCACUCCGCCUUGUCAAUACCCGCCUCUCUGGGGAGAAUGCCGCCUCCAACGAAACCCUGAUGGCAGUGCUGGUCUUGGGCAUGUAUGAGCGCCAGCAGGGCGAGUACGACCGCGGCCUAGUGCAUCUCGAUGGUCUGCAGCGGAUGGUCCAGCUGCGAGGCGGACUCGCCAAAUUCAGCGAAAGCGGGCCGUCGGGCCCGGUCCUGGCUCGCAAAGUCUUCAGGUGA